AUGAAAACCAUCCUCCUCCCACUCCUCCUCACCCUCCUCCCACAAUCCCUCUCCCUCCCCCUCACAAACCUCCACAACCGCGGCAUCUCAACCCCUCUCUCCUGCUCCAAAGUCAACAUAAUAGAACAAGGCACAGCUCCCUGGUCAUUACAAAGAAUCUCCGGCACAGCACCCGUAACCCAAAACGGUCGUCCAACAACAGAAUUAUCCUACAAAUACCGUUUCACAGAAUUAGAAGAUGGCGAAGGGGUAGAAGUUUACAUCGUGGAUACGGGAAUCGACGUUGAUCAUCCGGAGUUUGGGAAAAGAGCGAGGAAUGCUAUAAGUACUUUUGAUGAUGAUUUGGAGGAGAAUAGUGGGCAUGGAACACAAAUAGCAGGCGCAAUAGGUUCCCUAUCCUACGGCGUAGCCAAAAACGUCUCCUUAGUCGGCAUAAAAGUCUUCUCCCCCCUCUUCGACACCAAAAACCCCACAGCCCUAAUCUCAAACAUAACCUCCGGCAUCGAAUCCGCAAUCCUCCUGCACAACGCCCGUCGUGCCGCCAAAAACUUCAAGGGAUCAAUAAUGAACCUUGGCUUCGGUUUCCCCAAAGAAAUCUUCGACGCAGCUGGUAAAAAAGUAUCUGAUGAAUUUAAAAAAAUGUUACAAAAAGCUAUAGACGAUGGUAUGCACGUUACCAUCGCUGCCGGUGAUAGAGGCAGAGACGCGUGUACCGACUUCCCAGCCGGAUUUGUAAAAGACAUUCCAGCGUUGAUAGUAGUCGGUGCAACAGACGUAUUCGAUAAAAGACUACAAACCGCGGAUUUUGGUCCCUGUAUUGAUAUCCACGCUCCGGGGGUUGAUAUAGUCAGUACCACGCUUCGUGGGGUAAACGGUGGGGUUAAAGUUGACAGUGGGACUUUUUUGUCGGCGGGGAUUGUGACGGGGGUUAUUGCGGGGGAAAUGGGGAAGAAUAGGAAUUUGAGGACGGAUCCGGUGGGGAUGAAGAGGUUGGUUAAGGAUAAGGCUUUGAAGGGGAUAUUGAGGGGGGUUGAGGGUGGGGGGGAUUUGUUGGUUUAUUCGGGGAUGCCGGGGAAUCCUAUUGAGGAGUUUGUGUGA